AUGAGGCGUCUUUUAGCUAAAUAUAAGAGGAAUAUCUAUCUCAUAUCAUUAUCUCUCUCUCUCUCUCUCACUAUCUAUCUAUCUAUCUAUCUAUCUAUCUAUCUAUCUAUCUAUCUCUCUAUCUCAGUAUCGUCAUAUCUAUCUAUCUAUCUAUCUAUCUAUCUAUCUAUCUAUCUCAAUUUUUAUUGCUGGGAAUAUUUUUUCCUCCAAAAAUUCAUUGCUGCUCAUAUUUUUUUUUAUUGCUGGUUAUAUUUUCUAUCUAUCUAUCUAUCUAUCUAUCUAUCUAUCUAUCUAUCUAUCUAUCUAUCUAAAAAUAUUUUUUCCUCCCAAAAUGUAUUGCCGAUAAUAUUUUUUUUAUUGCUGGUUAUUUUUUCUAUCUAUCUAUCUAUCUAUCUAUCUAUCUAUCUAUCUAUCUAUCUAUCUAUCUAUCUAUCGGUUUGCAGUUGGUUCAAUAAAAUCAUUCUUUCUUUCUUUCUUUCUUUCUUUCUUUCUUUCUUUCUUUCCAUUUUCUUUCUCUUUUAUACGUGCCGUUCUUUCCUUCUUUCUUUCUUUCUUUCUUUCUUUUUCGAUCCUUUCCAUUUUCUUUCUCUUUUAUACGUGCUGUUCUUUCUUUCUUGUUCUCUUUUUCUUUUCUUUGUUAAUUUUUUUUUUUUGUAG